AUGGUACUACUCUACGCCUUCACUGCUAUCGACUAUGGCGCUGUCUGCUUCUUCAAUUUCGGUCCUUCUCCUGAGAAGGAAGAAUAUUUUGCUCCAGAAGUAAAGCGUUGGUAUAAGUUGGAUAUAGCCGAUAUUGGAUAUCUUGGCUCACUACACGCGUUAAACGGAGAAGUGCAGUGGUUGGACGUGUCAGGGUUGUUCAACGCCAGUAUCGUAAUCGGUUUUACGUUCGCACUGAUUCCUUUUUGUGGAAUAGCAACCUACCGAUCGCUCUAUAGACACGAUGCAACGAGUGAAAUAACCAAACAACGCCAGAGACAGCUGUUUCGACUUCUUCUAAUUCAGUCGAUCUUCCCAUUGACUUUCACGUUCAUACCGUCUUCAGCCAUCAUUGUGAUGUCACUGUUUGGACGACAUAUCGGUUAG